AUGGAGCCUCUGGAGGCCACUUUUCACCUGCAGGAGGGUGAGUGCUUCUGGGGACGCCAGCCAGGCCGGGUCCCUGGCUACCAAAGAGGCCCAGGGUCGUGUUUCUUUUCCAUGAGUCAUGUGUGCCUUUAGCCUACAUGUUGAGAUGUUUACCUACCUAUUCUACUCUGAGGACUUUUUUUUUUUUACUAAAUAGUUUAAGCACUCUCUGGAUUACACUGCACUGUUGUUGGUUUAAGUAAAUCCAGUUGAUACGCCAGCUUUUUGUCUCUCAUUCCAGAGUGCCUGCCAAGCUCACAGAAAACCAGUAUUAAUUGCUCUGUUGUUGUCCGUGGCAUAUAUAUAUACUGUAUUUUGCCCGAACACACAGUAAUGCUGUCAUGUCUCGUUCUGUUUUCAAUCCAUUCUAGCAGUGCCAGUAUAAAUAGUGCUGAGAUGGGAUCCAAGCUUGGCCAAGCUUUCCCUGCCUGGGCCCAGUUCACACAGCAGCUUAUAUUUGGCCAUAACAACUCCCACUGCACAGUUACAAGGCAGGAAUCCUUGAUAGAAAGUGUUUCAUCAUUCUAACCGCUUGUCCUUUCACGAAGCCUCCCAUCUCAUGAGAGCGAGAGAGAGAAGUGAGAGAGAGAGAGGAUCUCCCUACAUUUGUGAUUGCCAGCUCCAGAAUAAUUUGUUGUCAUUCUUUGGCUUUGAGUAAAACUACAGAUGCUCCUGAGUAUCCAUCACAUCUGGAGUUAAGUGUUUGGAUUCACCGUGGUGAAAGACAAAUACUGGCUUUUAUAUUUUUCCUUCUUCACGGCAGUAUUAGUCAUCACAGCCACUGACUCCAUUAAAGUUCUUCUCUCUGACAGGAGAGGAAUUUAAUGAGCCCCCUGAAAAUCACUCUUCACUCUCCAGGCUCUGAAAGGUUUCUUUUUAAUGCGCUGAAUCUGUUUUUUUCAUACUUCCAGCAGAGAGGGGCUUGUGAACUUUGAUUUCUUUGCGCGGUGUCGCAAGAUGUACUCCUCUCUAUCCUCACAGCAUCUCUGUUCAGAUUCUCAUUAACACAUUGUGAUUGAAUGUAGCGUAUUUUUUAUUUUUUUACAUCCCUCUCUGACAAUGUUGCAGGGAGAGCUUGUCUUUGGUUUCUGACGUGGGUACUCCCUUGGAAGAAAAACCGUCCCGCUGACACUCAAAGGAGACCAAUUGGUAUUCUUGGAGAGACAAUGCGGAGAGGAGUGGAAGUCACAUGAGUCACAUAGCAGGCACAUUUCAUUCUGCAGUCGGUCAGCUGCUUUACAGUAAUAAUACUUAGCAGAUAUUAUUACUGUUGGUGAAUAUGAGCGCUCGGAUUAGCAUCCAAUCACAUUUAGAAUUUUAAUAAAGGUUUGAUAUUGUUUUCAUCUUGGAGGGAGUAAAGAUUGCUAGGAUAAUGUCACAUAUUAGAGGUGACACUAAUGUUUCUCUUUAACGGGCAUAAAUACUGACUUGUGAGAUGCUAGAGAUGGGCACAGGUCUAGGCUCAGCUUACCUUCCCUAAUUUAUAACCUUAGCCUUUGGGGGGUAAAAUGAGCCGCUGACCUUGGAUCAGUCUCUAGGGGUAACCUCAUCCUACUUCCUAAAGGAUUGAGACAGGCUGAACAUGGCCAGGUCUGAACCUGAACCUGUCGUUUCUGGGUUCUUGUUGUUGCGGAGCUACUGCUGUACUGUCGGGCCCGGGGCAAGGCUCAUCUGGCCGAGGAAAUGCAGAAGAUAUGAAAGCCUGUGGCCCCCUGACCCAUUGUUUAUGAGCUGCCACAAUGUGUUGAGGCUUCAUCUGAGUCAUUGUGCUUUGGCAGGCAACGCAACACACACACAGCUCGGAGCUAGCCUCUCCACAAAUGCGCACACACAUACGCUAUAGCCCAUCCUCACACACAAACCUCUUUGUGUUCUAAAUGUGGAUUCAGCCGGUGCUGCAGAGACAGUCCUGUCAUUGGCUGCUUUGCAGAACUGCAGUGAUUCUCAUCACUCCUACUUGAUGAUGUCAUUCUUGUAUCAUGUCACUGGUAUCUUAGAUUUGAUUUUAAUUGGUGACUGGGUCUUCAUGUCCCAUGACAUCCUAGUUAUACUAAGGGAUUGCACAUCAGUAGCAAGACUCUUCAAUGCCUUCAUUCAGAUGAGAAAAUGAAAUAAUCAAAUGUGAUAAUUUGCAUAAAACAGUUGUUCCUUGUCUUUUUUAUUAUUUCUGCAUCAUAUGCUUUUGCUAGAAAUGCUAAAGGCAAAUAGGGUGUUUCCCAUAUGUUGUCAGGAAUGCAUCCAAAUAAACAUCUGUUAUUUCCUCUCUGUACAGUAUAUAAUUAAGAAGGAAGAAAAUCCACCAUCAGGUUUCAGUGAAUGUGCAUCUGUAUGACCCAACUCUCUCUCUUCUCCCUCCCUCCCUCUCUCUCUCUCUCCAGACGUCAUUAUGGACUCCUUCAGUACUAAGAGCCUGGCCCUUCAGGCCCAGAAGAAGCUGAUGAGCAAGAUGGCCACCAAGAGCAUGGCUAACCUCUUCAUCGACGACACCAGCAGCGAGGUUCUGGACGAGCUCUACCGCGUCACCAAGGAAUACACGCGCAACCGCAAGGAGGCCCAGAAGAUCAUCAAGAACCUCAUCAAGAUGGUGGUGAAGCUGGGUGUCCUCUACCGCAACAACCAGUUCAGCGGGGAGGAGCUGGUGCUGGUUGAGAGCUUCAGGUUGAUUAUGCAAUAUGAUUAUAAUUAUGGCUGUAGAGAGUAUUAACAGGGUUAUAAUGGUCUUUGAUUAAGGGUUGCCAGCCAUGGUUGUUGUGGGCUGCAAUUUGCACAGGUUUUUAUUCCAGCCCUGAUAAAAAAUAAUAAUUGUGUUGGGCUGGAACAAAAGCUGUGGCCCUCUGAGAAAUGGCAUGUAGUUUGCCAGCUACUGUAGUUAAGCCAUCAUGUAUAACAACAAUGUAUACCGCGUCCCCUUUCCAGGAAGAAGGUCCACACACUGGCUAUGACGGCUGUCAGCUUUCACCAGAUCGAGUUCACAUUCGACCGGCGCGUGAUGAGCGCCAUCCUGAAUGAGUGCCGCGAGCUGCUGCACCAGGCCAUCAACCGCCACCUGACGGCCAAGAGCCACUCACGGGUCAACCACGUGUUCAACCACUUUGCCGACUGUGACUUCCUCGCGGCGCUCUACGGGCCGUCUGAGGUGUACCGCGGCCACCUGCAGAGGAUCUGUGAUGGUGUCAACAAGAUGCUGGACGAGGGCAACCUUUGACCCCCCCCUCUCCCCAGGACCUUUUGACCCCUCCCACUUUAACUUUUUGAGGCCUUACCUGGUGGUGUGAAAUUCACCACGGUGUUGCCUUAUUGGCUAGUGUUGUUUUUUUAAGAGACAAAUGUUAUGCAUAUUAUAUGUGGACAUUUGACAUUUUCUUGUGUGUUUUUUUUUGUGUGCCCUACCGACAUUACUGUACAACACUAACAGAUUCUCCAGGCUAGUUAGUCUAAAGUUUCUCCUACGUUUCUUCUUUAUUUAAAGGAAAAACAUGGACCUCUCCAGUGAAUGUAGAACACAAGCUCUUGUCAAUCAUUUCCGGACCGAGGACUUCACCAGUGCUUUGGAACUGUCUUUUUUUCCUAUUUAGACCAAGGGGUGUCUGUACCCCUGGUAACAAGGCAUGACUCCAACCACAGCCUAAAGGUCAUGUGUGUGAGUGGUGAAUUGAAUGGGCUAAAAUGCUUUUAUAGCAAGAGAAAGAGGACAAUAGUAGAUUUUAACCUACUUCAGGACAACUAUAAGGGACUCUGUAUUUAGAGACAGGAGUGCUACCUGAGGUUAAACAAGCCCUGUAGUUUGUUUUUAAUAAUUAACAUUCUAGUAAAAAAACAUGAGCUGACACACACCCACAAAUAUUUGUAGAGGUGUUACUUGUUAACAUAACAGACCAAUAAUCCAGGUUCAGCAUCACUUUAACGCUCAUACCACCAUCCACAUGGCCUCCAUAUCCUAAGGAAGUCUGCACUGUGUUUGGAUCAAAAUACCUGUAAAGCCUGCUUUGGCCCUAAUGACCUGUUUUUAUUACAACCACACCAAAGUGUGUGUAAUUUGGGUCAUGGGGCUAUAAACAUGGAGGGAGUUGAUUGUGCUGUGAGUCCUUAUUGUCACUGAGCUGCUGACUCAUCAGCUCUUUAACCUCAUCUGAGCUGUACUGAACCCACCGCCCAGCAAACACUUUGAUUUCUGUAAAUGACUUCUCUGCACAGGCGAGAUAGACUCUCCAUGUACAGUCAUGUCAAUGUUAAUGACUGUAGGAUAUGGGAAAGGGAAGUAGCUUCCUACAUGAGAGGUUGUCUUUGUUGGUGAGAUCACAUAACAUAGGGAGAGACAGGGUAUUCUAGAUUAGAGCAGAGACUAAAACAAUACCUGAUUGUACCUUCCAUGAUUCCAUAUAAUUAAUCCCUUACUCUGUGCCAAUAAUAGACUACAUACAGAUAAUCCACUUCACUCUAACACCCCAGCCCCAUUUAAUGUGAUUUAGAUCCCCAUCUCUGCUUGAUGCAAGUCCUAUUUGGGAGUGAAGUUUUUUGUAUUUUUUUAUGAACAAUUUAAAUUGUUAUUUAGAAUGUUAUAUACUACUAUCCUGCACAUAAUGGAUUUUCUUUUUCUUUAUCUUGGCCUAUCUCUGCGUGUUUGUAUGGCUGAGCUUGUCUAGGAGACUGUUUGCGCUGUGGCCUCCUUUAGUAUUCUCAGUGACAGUGUAAACCUGUGAGGAGCUGCAGCAGAGAGUUGUAAUGAGUGCUGUGUUCUCCAGGAUCUACUGUCACUGAAACCUCCCUCUCCUGUACUGUAACAGCUCUGCCAAAGCAAUCUCACAAUCGUGAAAAGGACCUUUCUAAAGGAACAUUACUAGGGAAAACAAUAUGCACAAGAUGAUGAUGAUGGUAAUGAAUGUCAUGUUUUCAAAUGUUACAUUCCAUUUUUUUCGGGACUUUUAUGUUGUCUCCAUUUGACUUAAUCCUCCUAUGUCUGGGGGAGUUGUAGUAAGUGAAUGCUCACAGGACCAGAACAUUGAAGUCCCAGAAUACUUAAGCUAGUUCAGUACUUAAAUGUCAAAGAUUCCAUUCUUUCCAGUCUCAACACUUCUCAGGGUUAAGUCUCAGAGCUUGUACUCAUGAAAAACUUCAUGAAACAAUUGGACCAAUUCACUGAACAAUUCGGCUUCAUACAUUUCACAUAAACUCACAAGUCUUUUAAGUCAUGUUGUAUUUUUACAGUUGGAUUGUGAAGUAUGUAUUAUUAUUUUUUUGAUCUUUCAUUUAUACGUUGAUGUACAUGUUGUUUUAGUGUCCCUUCACCCUCUACUAGAUAUGACAAAUAUAAAUGAAUACUCUUUUUUUAAAUCAAUAAAUUCUUUGUCUUUUCUUGAUAAGGCACCAGUCUCUUUC